AUGGACGGGAGAAUCCCCACUCUGAGUGGGGCAGUCUCCAAAGCGCGGGCUAAGGUUCAAGUUGCAUUUUAGAUGCGAACGAACGCACGUCGUUUUCGGUUAGUGGUCAUGAACUAAGUUUCGUGAAAUUUGACAACUUCUGCGAAGGAAAACAGGAUCGAGUGAUUAUAAUAAUUUCGUUGUGAACUCUACGAUCCAUAGAGUUGGAUCCGUUCGAGAUGAGACGAUUAUCCCGGCUGUUUCUUCAAAUCUUGUUCCUCGUCUCGAUCGUAGCCUCGAGUUUGUCGGCGUCGACGAGGUCUCGAGGGGGGAAGAAGAAGGUCGCCAAGGAGGUGAAGGACGCCAACAUAUGCGAGAUAAAGGGGAUGCAGGCGCCCAUGUAUUGUUAUUGCAACGACAACGAGUUGAGAAACGCCACGGACGCAACUUGCGUCAUAUUGAACCCGUUUACGAGCAACGAUCCGACAUGGAACAACUUCGACUCGCAGAUCUACUUGCAAAAGCUCAAGUUUGUAGUUCGAACGCCGAACGGGUUGGAUUAUAUACCGGUCCAGUUGCUCGCGCUGCUCAAGAACUUGCAAAUUAUCACGAUUCAGGACGCGAGCAUCAACGAAAUCGCGGAAUACGCAUUUUCAAAUCUGCCCAUGAUCACCGAUAUCAAUUUAAGCAGGAACUCCAUUUCGAUCCUCAGGAUGCACGCGUUCGAGAACAUGAAAAAUCUAACGGUCCUUUAUCUGAGCGAGAACAGGAUCACCGAGAUAAAUAGAGACAUAUUCGUGAAUCUGCCCUCCCUGAAGAAUCUCUAUCUAAACGAGAACAACAUCAAUACGUUGCACGACAAGGCGUUCAAGCAUCUCGCCUCUCUAAAGGAGCUGGACCUGUCCAACAAUCAGAUAAAGGUGAUCACCGCGGACAGUUUUCACGGGCUGACGAGUUUGAUCAGUUUGAAUCUGCGGGGCAAUCUAAUCGCCAUGAUCGGUGAUCGAACGUUUAUCGAGAUGCCCUCGUUGACGGAGUUGGAGCUGGAUCAGAACGAGAUCAAAUACAUCACGGAGAAAGCGUUGGACGGAAUGAGGAAUCUGAAGCAACUCACCCUAAGCGAGAACGAAUUGGUUACUCUCGAGCCGGAUUUCCUGGCCGGGGCACCGGCGGUCUACAUGCUCAAUUUGAGGGACAAUAAACUCAAGACCAUGACCUUCGACAAUAUCAAGCCCAUCGUCACCAACUUGUACAACACCACCAGUCAUUUCUACCUGAGCGGCAAUAAACUGAUCUGCGAUUGCAAACUAGCAUGGAUCUGGGGUCUGAGGAACGAGACGAAGAACGUAAAGCUGCGGGACUCUCUGGAGGAGCUUACUUGCUUCUUGGAGAGCAAUAACGCAACGCUGAAGAUGAACAGCAAGGAAGAUCUCGAAUGGAACGAGGCGCUCGAGAAUGCACGAAACACUGAGGAAUAUCGGAGCGGGAAUUCGAGAGACGGUAGUAUCGAGGACGAUGACGCUUACAUGGGCGACGAGUACGAAAGUAAAGAUGGAUACGAGGAUUCUUCCUCGAAUUCCGAUUUUCAACCAAAGGUACAGAUGGUGGAGGGUAAGCUGUGCUACGUGAAGAACCUGUUCGAGUUGAAACUGGAGGAGCUUCCGUGCCCGGAGCCCUCGAGGGAGGAUCUAAUGGCGUCCGAGCAACCUUCGAGUCGGCACGAGAACGCUCGCGUCGGUUCCUCGGGUUCCAUAUGGUUCUCAUCCUCGGCCGCUCUUAUUCGCCUUCACCCGUCCGUCCUUUUGUACUCUCUUCUCCCAAUGCUAUCGGUCCUGUUCACGUAGAAGCGGCUUUAUUCGCCACCAACGAACAGAUCGCCGGAAGGACGACCAUCCGUCUGCGAG